AUGAAGUUCCUCGUUUCACUUGCUGCCUUGCUGGCAGUUGGACUGGCCGAAGACCCGCUUGAGCCGGCCGACUUUGAUGUCAGAGCUGCCUUGCAGGCCGAGGGUGUUGACGUCUCAAACAUACCCAAUUCCGCGAAGAGGGCGGAUAGUGCCUGUUCCGCCGCAUGCGAUAUACUGGAGAAGACUUUUGGCGAUGGCUCGGUCUUGAAGGAAUCCAGCCCUGCAUACAAGACGUUUACUCAAUCCUACUGGUCUGCCCAGCAGAGAAAUAUCACGCCAGGAUGUAUCUUCAAGCCUGAGCAGAGGAGGGAUGUUUCAGUUCUCGUUCUGGUUUCCAGGCUCAUGGGCUGUCCAUUUGCUGUCAAGAGCGGUGGACACUCAGCAGUACCUGGAGGAUCCAACGUGCAAGACGGCAUCACUGUUAGCUUCGAGCGGAUGAACAGAACCACUCCAUCCGCUGAUAAAAAGAGUGUCACAUUUGAGCCUGGUCAGACUUGGGUCGAUGUGUACAGGAAGCUAGAACAGGACAAGCUGGCCAUCAUUGGCGGCCGAGCUGCCAGUGUCGGUGUCGGAGGCCUGACUCUCGGUGGAGGUAUCUCUUACUUCUCGAGCAUGUACGGGUUAGCAUGCGACAAUGUCAUUUCGUAUAAAUUGGUCACGGCGUGUGGUAAAGUGAUCAAUGUCGACAAGGACUCAUAUCCUGACCUCUUCUUCGCGCUGCGAGGCGGCGGCAACAACUUUGGUAUCGUCACCAAAUUCAACGUGGUUGCCAUCGCCAGAGAUCCAAUCAUGUGGGGAGGCACGCGAACGUACACCAGCAGGACCUUUCCUGCUCUUCUCAAGGCAUACUACAACCUUGGGCUGAACGCAACCAAAGACGGAAAGGCGCACCAGAUUCUGUCAUUCGCCUGGGCUGGAGGCGAGAUUGGCCCAAUAGCGGUUGUAGAGCUGGAACACGCCGACAAGGUGGAAAACGCGACCGUCUUGAGCGAGUACAAUGCCAUUAGUAGGGAAGAAGCAGUCCAGUACAACACGAGCUUCAAGAGCCUUGUCCAGCUCACCAGCGAACUGGGCGAGACGGCCGCCGCUCCUGGCCUUCGCCAACAGUUCUGGACCUGGACUUCCAAGCUUGACCUCGACCAGGCUACGAGGACCAAGGACAUUUUCUACGAGGAGCUCAAUAAAAUCGCAGAGUUUACUGAUAUCUCGCCUGCGCUCUCCCUCCAAGUCAUCACGGAGCCCAUGAUCGAAAAGACGGCACGGAACGGGGGGAACCCGCUAGGUCUCGAUCCCCAAGACGGCCCUCUGAUGCUGUCGCUUGUUUCAAUCCGGUGGACCAAGGCCACGCAUGACCAGACGGUGCACGACUUUGCAGAAAAGGUGCUGAAACGGUGCGUGGCAAGUGCCAAGGAAGCAGGCACGUCGACAGAUUACCUGUACAUGAACUACGCCAGCCCGUGGCAAGAUGUGAUUGCCGGUUACGGCCCCGAAAACAAAGCCAGACUGCGGGACGUGGCCAACAAGUACGACCCCACCAGCGCACAAGAGCUACCUUAA